UAGCACCCCCGGCAGACCAGCGCGGCGGCCGCCUCCUCGGACGCCCUGACGCCAGAGGGGCCCGGACCGCCGCGCUGCUUAGAAGCCCGCGCCGGACCGGCUGCUCCUCUAGGCGGGCGGGACCCUUCCCGCCGCCGCCGCCGCAGAGCUAGCCGCCUCUGGAGGAUCGGGCUGGCCGACCACUGCCGCUCUGUCCCCCGGCUCUCCCUCAUUCCGAGGCCUCUCCACCGCUGUCCCUGCCGUCCCGGGGCCGCGCCCCGCUUCCGUGCCUCUGGGUUGAGCCGAGCAAACUUAGCCGACUGGCCGACGCCCGGCGGGGACCCCGCUGCGCCCUGGUGCGCCUCGGUGGGCGCAGGACUCUGAGACCUUCGGGCUGCUCCGCCCGCAGCCGCACCUGCUCAGCCCCUUCCCUGCUUGCGGAGGACUCUAGAGACGCCACCACUUAGCAAACUUUUCCUCCCCGCCACCAAGGGGGAUCGAGGAAGGGAAGGGGAAGGAGGUCCCGCGGAGCGCGCGCGGACCUCAACCCUAAGGGCUUCUCGCGGGAUACCACAGCCGGCAAGCUGGAUCCCGCAGGACUCCGGCCCCAGGGGCCGACCUCUUUUCUCCCGCUGGCGCCUAUCCCAGACCCUGCACUUCCCGCAGAAGCGGGAGUCGGGGAGGAGACGGCAGCCGCGGCGGAGCCCGCGCAGUGCCCGGAGGGGCAACCCUCCGUGGCCCUGGGCGCUGGGGAGGGCUGUCUCAGCCGGGUCUGGCGCAGGGUGUCCGGGUUCCCGGGCGCCUGGUCCCGGCGCUCAAGCAGCCUCCUGUGCCUGUCCCCUUUCUCAGCUGAGCAUGGGCCCGCACCACCCGCGCCCAACCAGCCGCCUCUCGGUGAGGGUGACGGUGGCGGCCCCAGCGAUGGGGCCCCUGAAAUGUCUCCCGCUUCCCAGCCUUCCCACUGCUGCUGCUGCUGCUGCUGCUGCCGCCGCCGCGUACAAUUUGAAAGCGGCGGCGACGGCGACGGGGACAGGGACGGCGGCGAAGAAGGUGGUGGCGACCGUCCGGCGCAGCGGUCGCGGGCCCGGCGUCGACCGCGGGUGGUGAGUGUCCGUCUGCCCGCGAUGGGACACCUGAGCCGCGCUGGCGCUCUGCUGGCGGCCAUGAAGCAGCAGAACGUGCGGACUCUGUCCCUCAUUAUCUGCACCUUCACCUACCUGCUGGUGGGCGCCGCCGUCUUCGAUGCCCUCGAGUCGGACCACGAGAUGCGCGAGGAGGAGAAACUCAAGGCCGAGGAGACCCGGAUCCGGGGCAAGUACAACAUCAGCACGGAGGACUACCGGCAGCUGGAGCUGGUGAUCCUGCAGUCGGAGCCGCACCGGGCCGGCGUCCAGUGGAAAUUCGCCGGAUCCUUCUACUUUGCCAUCACGGUCAUCACCACCAUUGGUUACGGACACGCUGCCCCCGGCACAGACGCAGGCAAGGCCUUCUGCAUGUUCUAUGCCGUGCUGGGCAUUCCGCUGACGCUGGUCAUGUUCCAGAGCCUGGGCGAGCGCAUGAACACCUUCGUGCGCUACCUGCUGAAACGCAUUAAGAAGUGCUGUGGCAUGCGCAACACGGAGGUGUCCAUGGAGAACAUGGUGACCGUCGGCUUCUUCUCCUGCAUGGGCACACUGUGCAUCGGGGCGGCCGCCUUCUCCCAGUGUGAGGAGUGGAGCUUCUUCCACGCCUACUACUACUGCUUCAUCACCUUGACCACCAUCGGCUUCGGGGACUACGUGGCCCUGCAGAGCAAAGGCGCUCUGCAGAGAAAGCCACUCUACGUGGCCUUCAGCUUCAUGUACAUCCUGGUGGGGCUGACGGUCAUCGGGGCUUUCCUCAACCUGGUGGUGCUCCGCUUCCUGACCAUGAACGGCGAGGAAGAGCAGCCAGACCUUGAGGACAGAGCAGCCCUGCCCGAGGGAAACGGGGAGCGCCAGGGCCGCAGGGAGCGGCGGUCGGCCAGGUCCAGGUACAAGGCGGACAUCGCGACUCUGCUGUCUGUGUGCACCUGCACGUGUUACCGCUCGCAGGAUGCUGGCGGGGACCCCCCCGAGGAGGUGCCGCCGAACACCAUCAGUGCCAAGCCCCCCCAUUCCUUACAACCCAUCUCUUACCAGAUGGAGGAGAUCUCUCCAAGCACAUUAAAACACAGCCUCUUUCCAUCCCCCAUUAGCUCCGUCUCUCCCGGGCUGCACAGCUUUAACGACCACAACAGGCUGAUGCGCCGCCGCAAGUCUGUUUAGGCUUGGGAGGGCGGCAGGAAAGUCAUUGUCAUAGUCGACAUUCAGUUCCAUUGGUCCAACUCGUCUUUUCUUUCUUAUUUAUUUAUUAUUAUUGUCAUCAUUUCUUUCUCUCCUUUCUUGGUCUCUUGGUCUCAUGUUCUCCCCACCUCUCUAGCUAGACAGAGCAGGCCAAAGGGAAGAGAAAGGCCCGUCCUCCUCGGAAACUCGCUUCUGAGCGUGAAGCCGGAUGUCUUCCCUCCUUCCCCCAAGAGCAUGCCUUAUAUCUCCCUGACCUGCCCACUUCGGCGGUGGCUUUCCCAAGACAGGUGGGAGACCAAGACCACGGAGGCAGAGCAGAGAGGAUGCCCGGCCCAAAGUCACACCCAGCUGGGAGUCUGCACUGCCCCCCACAGAGGGUCCCUGACCCGACUCCUCCCCUCCAGGACUGUGUGACUGUGUGUGUGUGGUGUGAGUGUGUGUGUGUGUGCAUGUAAUGUGACAAAAUGGAAAGUAUCAGCAAGUUUUCUUUCCCAUUACACAAUUAUGCCUUAGCUUGCUUUGGCUACCUCCAAAUGAAAAAGAAAACCACUCCACACCAAAUUGGAAAAAAACAAACACACCAUGAGGUUUUUGACGUAUCAUGUUGCCAAAUCAAGCACGUUUCACAGACAGUCCUUAUCCCAGAUAUGUCCUGAUUAUAUUUUUUAAAUGCUAGGUUCUAAAUUAACUUUUUUUUUUUUUUUUUUUUUUAGGGAGUGGGCGGGCAAGUGAACCUGGAUCAUUUUAGGCUUGCCAGUUCAAACAUUUUUAACAAGCAUGCACUUCAUUAAACUGAUAUGCCAUUUUCAACACGAGAAAACAAAAGUAGCAAUGGAAUAAUCAAAAGUCAGCACUAUUAAUUGAUUGGGAACUUUUUAAUUUCAUCAUCUCCACUUCCAACAAUUUACCAUGAAACUGGAAUUGUCGGGAGAAACUGGAAAAUUGUUGGAACCACAGAGUGUAUUUCCCUCUCACUGAUGACAGUUUUGGGCACUGUCUGCAUGAAUAAGAAUUACGGUUUUGGAAUGCUUGGAAGAGAAUGGGCAUUAGUAUGUGGAUGUGGUUUCUUUUUCUAAUGAGACAUGACAGGGUGUUCCUCAUUAAAAUUCAUAUAUAUUUCAAGAAAGAUUGUCUCUAGUUGCAUUUAUUUGUAAAUAGGAGAAAGUUCAUGUUGGUCUCAGGAAGAGUUUAGAGGCAAGGAUCUGUGUCUUGGUCUACUGGGAACUUGCCGAUCUCAGGGGACAAUUUUGUCUGAGCAGUAGGAAAGAAGUUCUUCCCCACUCUGAAUGGGGGACUGCCCCAAAGGGAAGAGCUGCUAACCUCGUGAGAGCAGUUUAGUUUGUAGAAUAUAGUACAUAGGGGGGCCUCAGGGUGGCAGGAUUAAAGGACAGUUUGACCUCCCACUUCCCAGAGGGGACUUUAAUUUCCCUCAUUACCAUCUCUGCCAUUUCUACAAAUCACCCAUCCACCCAUCCUCCCAUUCCCCUUUUCCGUAAGCUGGAAGUUCAUGGCUCUUGGAUGGAAAUGGACUUUGGCUGUACUACUCAGAAGGAGCACGUUCAUGCGCCUGUCGAAGGCUGCGGCGACAUCUCCCAGAAAGGAGGCUUUGCUCCCUAGAAAGAGUAGACCGACAGGAUUCCUUAAGAGACAGCACCCGAACGCUAUGUUGGCCACUGGGCUGAACCACAGGAGCACUCAAGACUCCUCUGAGAAGGCUGUGCAUGCACUUUAAUGCUACACCCCUUGUUGAAAUCCCCCCUUCGUCUAGAACACAGGGCCUUCGAAGGAGUCUGCGAACCUCAGAUUCUCUAGGCCAAAGUUGACAGUUCUCAACUGGAAAGGGGAACUAACUGCAGAUUCAAGAGAGGCGUCCAUGGAUGUUGGCUCUCACUGCCACAGCCGGGCAGGCUUCAGGAUCUGACUUCUCACGUGGAGCUCUUCUGUGCUGGGCAAGUGUCA